UUUCCUUCCAGACAUCCUCAGCCCUGCCACAAGCUCCUUAACUUCACUCCAAGUCAUGACGUCCAGAUGCUUCAUCAACAGCUGGAAAAUGACAUGCUGCAGAUGCAGAAUGAGGCGGAGAGGAGGAUGCAAUGGAUGCAGCAGGUCUGCCAAACGCCACCUCACCACCUGAACCUGAGCAGUGGGGCAAUCCAGAGCGUACCUCCCGCCACCCCCAGUGAAAUGCUUCUCAGCAGACGGCAGAUGGGGAACUUUGAGCUCGCCCUAGACGUGGACCAGGUUCCUCCGGAAGAACUGACGGUGAGGACGGAAGGAAGGAGACUGAUCGUGACCGGAAAACACUACAGGAAAAGGGAGACGGAGAACGGCAGCUUCGUCCAUGAAUACAGAGAGUGCCACAAAGAAGCCGACCUCCCGGAAGACGUGAAUCCCGGGGACGUGACGUGCUCCGUGUCCAGGGAUGGGCGGCUCCUCUUCCGGGCACCUCGCCUGGCACUGCCCGCUGCCGAACAAAGAAUGAUCCCAGUCAAUAGAGACAUGCACAUCCCCAUCAUGGUGGAAUCAAGACGGACAUUACACUGAGACGA